AUGGCCUUAUCUUCUACUUGUUCUCUCUUUCUCAACACCACUGAUUAUUCACCUCACAAAUCACUCCAUUGUCUACCAUCUUCCUCUUCUUCUUCUUCUCACUUUCCUUUCAAACCUCUCAUCCACCACACUCACAACACCCUUCCCCUCUCUCAAAAAUGGACAACUAAUGUAUCAUUCUUUACUUCUUUCUUUAUAAAACCCAAAGAUGUUAGCAUCAUUAAGGAAGACCUUCUUCAAGCCAUUGCUUCGCUUGAUCGAGGAGCUGAUGCCACUCCUGAAGACCAACAAAGUGUUGAUCAGAUUGCACGCAAACUUGAAGCACUUAAUCCAACUAAGGAGCCUCUCAAAUCUAAUUUACUUGAUGGAAAAUGGGAGCUUAUUUACACUACCUCUCAGUCAAUCUUGCAAAUUAAGAGACCAAAGUUUUUGAGAUCAGUUACAAAUUAUCAAGCAAUCAAUGCUGAUACUCUCCGAGCCCAAAACAUGGAAUCUCGACCAUUCUUCAACCAGGUGACAGCAGAUUUAACACCUCUGAAUACAAGGAAAGUGGCUGUGAAAUUCGAUACCUUCAAAAUUGGAGGCUUCAUACCCGUUAAGGCUCCUGACACGGCUCGUGGCGAACUGGAAAUAACAUAUUUGGAUGAAGAACUUAGGGUAUCAAGAGGGGACAAAGGAAACUUGUUCAUCUUGAAAAUGGUGGAUCCAUCUUAUCGGAUUCCUGCAUGA